GUCUGACGCGGUGCGGGCGGAUGUGACGUCACGAAGCCGGAGAGACAAGGAGAAGGAGGUUUUCUCGGAGCUGUCCUCCCUAUUACCCCAGGAGCUUAUAGAGAGCUUAAAGCCCGAUAAGCUCACUAUUUUAAAAUUGACCUUGGCCUACUUAAAAUGCAGGAAAAACGUUGAAACAGAACGACUAGACCAAGCGGAAUGUCUGGCACCAGAGUCUGACGACGACCCGAUCAGCGUCAGCGACUGGAACUCACCGGACCGUCCAUCUGCCAUGUUGGACAAGUCUGGCAACCUUGUGGCUGGCACCUUACUGACACGCCCAUUUUUGAUCAACAACCCGGAUAUUGAAUUGCCAGAGUCGGUCUUGUUUAACCUGAGGAGGCAGUUUCUCUGUGAGGAUAAGAGAGACGUGGAUUUGGAAGAGAAGAUGUAUAAGAUCCAGAGAUACAAGGAAGGUUUGGAAGCAGGGAUGAGAGAUUUUCUGCGGGAUACUUGCCCAACGCUGGUUAAUCACAAUACUGAUUUUAUUUUAAAAGAGAGUUCCGAACAUAACAGCGAUAUCCAAACGUCAAAGUCGACUCAAAAUGCAGGGAGAUUAUCGCGUGAAAGUUUAAGUGGUUUUCAGAGCAGUGUGGAUUCUGUAUCAGUUGUUGCGAGAAGGGGAGGGAUAUCAAGAGUGACGGGACUUGAUGAGGGUGGUGAGGUAGGAGGUGAGGUAACUUCGAGUGCUGGAGUAUUGAGUGAGGUGAGAGGGGAGGUAACUUCGAGUGCUGGAGUGUUGAGUGAGGGUUCUGAGAUGCUGGAGGCAAUGCAUGGGUUCUUUCUGAUGCUGGAUAAAACUAAGACGGUGAUUUUUGUCUCGAAGAAUGUGUUCAGCUACCUGGGACAGUCGCAGCAUAAUAUCAUCGGCCAAGAUGCAGCAGAGUUGAUCUAUGAAAAAGAUUACCCGGAACUGGUCAGGCAGAUGGACGAUGGUCAGUUCGAGAAAGAUUCCGUAUCUGGGGUUAAAGGUCAACGUCUAAAAAGAACCAUCUACCUAGCCAUGAAAUGCUGGUACCAAAAACCUGGAUCUAAAAUAAAACACAGCGGAUACUCGCUCUUCCAAUGGAACGUCAAACUCAGCCUGUACCGUGACCGUGCUACGGGUCAGGUCAAGGUCAAACAGCUGCUGUCCGUCUGCUGCCCCAUACGCAACAACAUGGUCACCGGCAUCCAGACUGACCAGAACAUGUUCAUCACCAGACACGCCCUCGACUACAAGGUCGUCUACUGCGACGCAAGAAUCCACGACCUACUGGGAUACAACCCCUCUGAUCUCAUCGGUACUGACGGCUUCAGCUUGAAGCACCCAUGUGAUGCCCUGAUGUGUCUCUACAACCACAGGCACUUGAUAUCCCGUGGGUCGGACGACUCUGGCUACUACCGGAUGUUGACCCGGGCGGGGUCGUGGGUCUGGGGUCUGUCCCAGUGUACCGUGUCGUACGACAGGCACGGUACGCCCCAGUACGUCAUUUGUAAGACCUUCAUCGUCAGCAAAGAAGAAGCCAAAUGCGUGCUGUCUAGAGAGAGGCAGGACUACAGAAAGAUGAAGUGCCAGGAACUGGACUUUGACCUGACCACUACCGGCCUGAAAAUGCCAACUCUGGCAGACAACCAGCUCAAGCGGAAACGGUCGUCUCCCGAUGACGUCAUCGCCACGGUUCGAAUGUCAAAGACGGAGGUCAAGAGUUCAAACCCGCCUCAUUCAGAUUUUCGUGUCUCGCCGAAUACCGUGACAAGCGAGGUCAAAGUUUACCCGACGGUUUCAUCCCCGAGUAGAACAUUCACAAUCACGACUUCCUUUCACUCCAUGCUGACCCCAGUCGUAGGUGAAGGUCAGUUUAGCUCAAAGAUGACGACACGUCCGGUAUGUUUCAAAUCCUCCCCAGGAUCAGUACAUGCUGUUAUGUCUUCAUCGCCAACUGAAACCUCCUCAGUCGAAUCUUUUCAUCGCCUAAACCAACCUUCGCCACCUCAUUAUCCCAGCGUUCUGCAGAUUGAAGAUAACUCACAUCAUAACCUUCUAACAGAGAGCAAGACAAAAAGUAGAAAGAGGUUCAAACUAACGCCAACCAAAGAACUCGAAUCCACUUUGGUAAAAAAUAUUCCUGAGAGUGAUGGCUUCAUUUUGUCAGAAUCUAUAGAUGAAAUUUCCAAAACAAAUUCUACAGAUCUUCAAGAUCUUUAUGAAGAUCAUUCCUUGAAUACUUUCCCCACAGACGAUAUACCAGACAGACAAGGUCCGUCACCCUAUGUGGAUAUUCAAAACUUUAUUGAUUUUGAGUUACCAGAAGGAUUAUCCUCCCAUAUUUCGUCUUCAUUGAUGUCACCAUCAACAGUGUCACCUUCAGCAGUGUCAAAUUAUACCGUGUCACCUUUAGCACCAACAGUAUCACCACCAUCGGUGUCACCAUUUACCCCACCAGAUAGUGACUCUUCUUCUUCGUUAUCUAACACAGCAAGCUCUGCUAGUUCGAAGCUUCUAGACUCUGGAUCUCACCUGACAGGUGUGGUUUCACCUGAAUCCAUGCAGGAGUUUCACACUAUACCUUCGUCCUCAGAGGUGUUUCAAACCUCACCUGCAUUCUCACAGGUGUUUCACACACAACCUGAAUCUUCACAGGUGUUUCAAACCUCCACUGCAUCCUCGCAGGUGUUUCACACACAACCUGAAUCUUCACAGCUGUUUCAAACCUCACCUGCAUUCUCACAGGUGUUUCACACACAACCUGAAUCUUCACAGGUGUUUCAAACCUCCACUGCAUCCUUGCAGGUGUUUCACACACAACCUGAAUCUUCACAGGUGUUUCAAACCUCACCUGCAUCCUCGCAGGUGUUUCACACACCACCUGCAUUCUCACAGGUGUUUCACAACACACCUGCAGCCUCACCUGUAUUUCAUUCGUCACCCAAACAGACCCAGGUGUUCCAGAGUUUAACGGCACCAAAUCAAGCAUCCCCAAACUCUCGUGAACCCACUGAGAUAUUCAACGAGGGCCUGGACAAGCUAAUAGAAGAAAUCGUUUCAGCCGACGACUCCUUUUUCUUCCCAGCAUUCGACCAAUCUACAGAGAAAAAGGAAUCUAUUAGCAAUUCAAAUUCUAAAAAUCUUAACCAUUUUGACUCAUCAGUACAUCCCUUCACACGCCAAAAUGAAAUGAAAAACGGGAAUACGGAAAUACGCGAAGAAAAUGCGAAUUAUGUUGAAAUUUCUAAAAAUAGUUCCCACGUGACCGACUCCAUAAGUGCGGAGUUUGACCAGGAAGAUGUCAUGUGUCUGCCCAGUGAAGAAAGCAACAACAGCAGCGGUCCGAAAUCUGUGAGGUCAACACUUCAGAGUUUCUACAACUCUGGAAACCAUGGGAUAAUCCUCACCCCCUCCCAGAGACACGCCCACCCCGCACCAUCAGAAUCUUCAGCUGGUCUGCAAAACUACAGCCGAGACGCGGAAAACGCGCAAGUUUGGAAUUCCCAGACAUUUUUUCCGGCAUCGGAAUCUGGAGUUUACGCCACACCACAAAUGGGAUUAAGUAAUUGUGUAAAAACGCGUCAAAAUGACACGACCAACUUUUCUGGAUCACCCUAUGCCUACAGCGCUAUCAGAAAUCAAUUAAAUAACCAAAGAUCAGUCAUGUCUGGAGAUAUACACCAAACAAACGAGAACCAAACACAAACUUCAAAAAUUGCGGAGGCUUAUCCAUGCCCUGAAAAUAAAGAAAAGACUACAAUUCUGGAACAUUCCUGGGUGAGAUCAACUUUCUCAAACAAAAAUAGACCUUCUCUAAUAAAAUCCGGCUCUAAACAAACUCCGAAGAGCAUUACAUUAACACAGCCUAAAAAACUAAACUCGCUCAAGACCCCAACUCUAGGCUACAGAGCAUCACGCCAAGGUCCAGAGUUCAAUUCCACUCCAGAAUCCUGCACAGAGCCGUCUUUAGACAGUCACCUGACUAGUCUGCACGCAACUGUUAACCCCAUUUUAGACCAUUUCUGUACGACGUACCCACCCGACGCUUCAUCCACCAACCUUGACCUACAACGUAUUUCCUCUCCGCCUCCUAGUGUCACGUGUUCAACCAAUGAGCUAAAUAUAGGUCUGUCGGAUGACCUGGUUGAUCUAAAAUUAGAUUUCCCUGCUUCAAUGCACAACAACGAUAAUUUCUUUAACAACUUUGAUUAUCUUUAAACGUAAUGAAGAUUUAAGUUUGUAAAUUUGAAUUUAGUUAUAAAGCAGCUUUACACAUGUUCAAAGAAAGCGAAUGCGCAGCUAAUAAACAUUAUGUAGCCUGA